AUGGCUGCGGACGCCGUGGAUGAAUACGUUCGGAUCAGUGAGUCAACCGCUCGAGUUGCCCUUCAACGUUUUUGUACCGGUGUCAUUGAGCAGUUCAGAACCGAGUACAUGCGAAACCCUACAACUGAUGAAUUGGCUAGAAUACUGCAUCAAAAUGAACUGCGUGGUUUUCCAGGCAUGAUAGGCAGCAUUGAUUGCAUGCAUUGGGAAUGGAAGAACUGUCCAACGGCAUGGAAAGCGCAGUACGCCGUGUUCGAUGAGGUUCUGCAUGGUCGAGCUCCUCCGGUAAAUUUUACCGUUAACGGCCAUGAAUACAACAUGGCAUAUUACUUAGCCGACGGUAUUUAUCCGAAGUGGGCAACUUUUGUUCAGGGUAUCACAACCCCUCAACUUCAAAAAGAUAAAUUGUUCGCUGACCACCAGGCUGCUGCUCGAAAGGACAUUGAAAGAGCAUUCGGUGUUUUGCAAGCUCGAUUUGCAAUAAUACGAAAACCGUCACUGGCGUACGAUGAGGACAUACUGCGAGACAUAAUGAAAGCAUGUAUCAUUAUGCACAACAUGAUUGUUGAAGAUGAGCGCCACAACUACACUCGAGCCGAAGUUCUAAGAGCCUUCUACGAAGAAGAUCAACAAGAAUCAACACCAGCAUCAACAUCUACAACACCACCGUUUGAAUUCAACGUAGGUCGACCUACCAACUUUGACUUCAACGCAUUUCUACAGCGAAAAGCUUCCCUCCGUAACAGAGAAAUUCAUCUAUCUCUGAAACGUGAUUUAGUCGAACAUAUUUGGCAACGAUACGGGCCACGUAAUUAG